GUCCUGGAGCUCGAACAACCCUGUCGUGAGACUGUUGGUACGGUUUUGGCUACCUUUGCUGCAGUUGUCCUGGAGCUCGAACUGUGUGGUGUGUCGGCUUGGCUUGGUCAUCGUAUCUGUCUGAAGUUGCUUCUUGCAACCCCUGAACAACUACACCAUGUACAACCCUAUCGGGUGUCUGUUGGUACGGUUUUGGCUACCUUUGCUGCAGUGGUCCUGGAGACUGUGGGGAGUCUUGGUCCUGGAGCUAAACUGUGUGGUGGGACUCUUGGUCAUCGGAUCUGUCUGAAGUUGGACUUGCAACCACUGAACAACUACACCAUGUUCACCACCCUGGCGGGAGUCUUUUGGUACGGUUUUGGCUACCUUUGCUGCAGUGGCCUGGAGCUCCACCCUGGCGGGAUGUUCCUGGAGCUCGAAAUGUGUGGUAUGAUGGAUUGGUCAUCGGAUCUGUCUGAAGUUGCUUCUUGCAACCCCUGA